AUGUCUGUUAGCUCACAAAACAACCAAAGACGCUCUUCAACUAGCGUACCAAGGAAGGAAGUUGCUUCUGCGAUCCUCGGUACAACCACAGCAUCACACACCCGCUCAAAUGAAACUGGCGACAUUCCACACGCCAUCCCUGCAGAAUUAGAAGACCACUACCAAGGCUUGGUCGAGCAGCUUAGCAUUUCUCCUGCUCGUCUUCGCUUGAUCACAAACGCCUUUGUAAAGACACUGAGAAAAGGCUUGGGAGAGCCUGAACAGACUGUGCCUAUGAUUCCAACAUACGUGUUUGGUUAUCCAACUGGCGAAGAGAAGGGUGACUUUAUCGCCUUGGAUCUCGGUGGCACAAAUCUUCGUGUUUGUCACGUACAAUUGAAGGGUGCUGGAAAAUUCGAAGUUACUCAAUCCAAGUACCGUUUGACCGAGGAACAGAAGCAAGAAGAUGGUGCUUCUUUGUUCGACUUUUGUGCUCAGUGUCUCAUGACUUUCUUAAAUGACCACUUCCCUAAUGGCACUCCAGAGGGCAUGGCUUUAGGUUUCACUUUCUCUUACCCAACCCUCCAAGACCGUAUUGACCAGGGUGUUCUCGUUAGAUGGACAAAGGGCUUCGGAAACCCAGGCGUUGAAGGAAAGGAUGUUAGCGAGCUUUUCAACCAGUCACUCCAAAAGGUCAAGUGCCCCCUUACCGUCACUGCCAUUAUCAACGACACUACCGGUACUAUGAUUGCAUCGAGGUACACCCACCCUAACACACGCAUUGGUUUGAUCUUGGGUACUGGUUGUAACGCUGCUUACAUGGACAAGAUGCACAAUAUCACCAAGCUCAAAAUCGACGGUUGUCCAGCGGAUGAAAGAAUGGCUAUCAACUGUGAAUACGGUGCCUUUGACUCAUUCGACCACAAGCACCUUCCACGCACCAAGUACGACGAAGUUAUCGAUCUUACCUCCAACAAGCCACACGAGCAAGCUUACGAGAAGAUGAUUGCUGGUCUCUACCUUGGUGAAGUAUUCAGAUUGAUUCUCUGUGAAAUGAUCGAUGAGGGUGUCAUUUUCCUUGGUCAAGACACUUACAAGAUUGAGAAGCCAUUCGUAUUCCAAACAGCCUUCUUGUCAUUGAUGGAGACUGAUUCAACUGACGAGCAAUUACUUAGUGCAGGAUUGUUUGUUCACUUCUUUGACCUCAACACCACCCAAGAGGAGCGUCACUUCUUCAAAAAGAUGGCUGAGUUGAUCGGUGUGCGUGCAGCAAGACUCUCUGCUUGUGGUAUUGCUGCCAUUGUUCAGCACAAGGGUAUAGAAGAAGACGGUUGUGAUGUCGCCGUCGAUGGAUCUCUCUACGAAAAGUACCCUGGCUAUUCCGAAAAGAUGCACAAUGCAUUGGUCGACAUUCUCGGUGAAAAUGGUAAAAAGAUUGUCUCUAGACACGCUGAAGAUGGUUCUGGUGUCGGUUGUGCUAUUAUUGCCGCUAUGACCAAGGCUAGAAAGGAUGCUGGAAAAUUUGCAAACUUCUAG